AUGGCGACUCUUCGAACCUUAUGGCAGCUGCAUAACGCAGCAGGGGAAGCUCCUGCUGUCGUGCGGGUCAAAAACCUGCAGGCCACAGUCAAGGGCCCCAACGACGCCUGGGGUAGGCAGAACAGGCCGCAGACGAUCCUGAUAUCAUGCGAGGUCGAGCUGCGGCAGCCCUUCCGGAGCACGUCGUCGACGGAUGCCCUCCAAGAGGACACGGUGCACUACGGCCAGCUCAGCAAGGCCAUCAUGGUGAGCCUCGAGCGCCUCGCCGUCGAGUCCUCCCCCGAGGUCGUUGCCCGCCCCAGGCAUCUUAGCGAGGUCCUCACGCGCAUCUGGAUCGACCUCACCGGCAUCCAUCCGGCCGGCACACCAGACAAGAACCAAGAGCCGUUUCUGAAGAACCUUGCCGCUGUUCGCUGCAUCAAACUGACUGGUCUGCUACCCAAGGCGUCGCUCGUAGGGGACGGUCCCAGCCUCACUUUCACAGGUGUUUUCGACAACGACGUCAACGGGACACCAAUGCCGCUGUUCGGCCGGACGUUGCGGCUGCACAACCUAGUGGUGCCAACACUCAUAGGCAUAAACGACAACGAGAAGAAGGCCAAGCAGACGGCUGUGGUUAGUGUUGAGAUUGACCACCUCGAAGCCACGGCGGAUGAAUACAACAUUAUAGAAUCCAAAAUAGUCGAGAGAAUGGAAAGCUCGUCAUUUGGAACCCUCGAGGCGCUCGCGACAGCCCUGGCGGAAACAAUCACCUUGUGCCUCGGGCAGGGCUCGGCAUGGGCGGGUCGCUCCGGCACCACGGGAUCGCAACUCAAGAUCACGGUAGCAAAACCGAUUGCCGUGGUCUUUGCUGAUGCGCCGAGCGUCGUGUUGCGAAUCAACACCCGCGACGUCAACCGGCCAGGGGUUUAA